AUGCCCUGCGAUAACAUGACUGCUUUUGCUUGACCAUUACGAUAUCAAGACUUCAUCAGCCACUGUUCGAUCAGCAAGAAAGAUCAGCAACGAUCAACGGAUUUUUUUUCUCCCCCUCAGGACAAUCAACAUGCACUUCGCUACUCUUCUCGUUGCCAUCCUCCCGGCCGUGGUCCUGGCCCGUCCGUAUCUCCCUUUAAAUCUGCCCACUCUGCCUCCGAACACCGCGGCGCCUGAUGUCCCCGUUAUUCCGCGUGACGCAUUCGAGGAUGCCGCUCUCGAUCUGGUCGAGGCCAGCCAGUAGGUGCAGAGGCCGACCACAAGAUCAUGUCACCAUGCCCGGUACAAUGACGAAGUGAUGCUUGCUUCGGAUCAGCAUAAGCACACUGAGUUCUCCAGCUCGAUUCCGGACCAGUAAAGAGGACUUCGCGGUCAUUCGUGGCGUACCAUCUGGUUAUCACGAUGAGGAGAUGCAUGUACAAUUAGGGGGCAUCGCACGGAGUAAAGGAGGGGGUGAAGGCCUGACAGCCAUGUUUUUUAUUUGCUCGCAAUCCAGAUCAUUUACGGCUUCACUGUCGUCUUCUGUGAAGACAUACAAUCAACCAAAUUUUUGAUCAAAC